GCGGUGGAGUAUCGGUGGAAGGUAGGCUGCCGAAACGGUAAAAAAAAAUAGAUUGAUUUCAGGCUAAAAAUCAUUUUAAAGACAUGUAUUUUGCUACUCAAUGAGCGACAAUUCGUUGUGUUGCUCUGCAUGUUCAGCUGUGUGUUUAUAUAAAGUUAGCCAACUUUGGUGUUGGUGUGUUUUUGAUUGAUUAGUCAGUGGAGAUUAUCAGUACCUCCAUGGCUUUGAUAGCGACUGACCGUGGCUGCAAACUGAACGGGACGUCGGCGAUUUACGGCAGAGUUGAGCCAAGAAAAGAAGUGUUUCAAGGCAAGGCAGAGCGCUUUAAAACUGUCAAAAUGCAGCCAAAAGAGACGGAGUAUUCAACAGAUGGCCUGCCCAAAGCCUUCCUACACAGCCUGAGGACGCUCUUUGACAUUUUGGAUGAUGGUGGACGGGGCUAUGUCCACAUUUCGGAGAUCGAGAGCCGCUGGCAGGGCGCAGACACCCGAGAGCUGCCCGGCGGGGUGCUAGGCUGUCUCAGGAGGGUCACUCCACCGCAUGGCUGCCUCACCUUUGAGCGGUUUGUUGCGGGGCUGCGGUACUCCAUGCUCAACCCAGAGAACAGCUCCCACUUCAAGGCCCAAGCUGCCGUUCAUCCGCAACAGGCUCCAAAGCAGCACCAGAAACCCGCCCCUCUGUCCACAUGUAGCGUCGGCACCCGGGUUGAGAACAAGGUCCGUCCGCUGGGGCCGAGCAACGUGACCAACACCCAGCAGCAUCGGGCGUCCAACCUCCAGAGCCGCGUCAGGCUGGAGGAGGGCGCCGGGUACCCCGCGUGUGGACCGGCGAGGUACAGCGCGGGCUUUGAGAGGUCCGGGCGGAGUUUGGAGCGGAUUCCUGUCGCUCCGGAGGGAGGGUGUUACAGGACCGAUCCGGGCCAUGCCACCAAACCAACACAGCCCCAGCAGAGCCGUGUCAGGUCCAUUGAGUCGCUUGCUCUGGAGUCACCGCAGCUCCAAGGACCAAGUGUUGUGAAAUCAGGUUUACCAAGAUCUCAGAGCGAAUCAGCAACAGGAUUUACUGGCGGCUCCAGGCGACACGGGCGGAGUCGGGAAGAGCAGAGGCGGCAUACCAUAUCCAACGGAGUGGAUUACGGCAUGUUGAAGCAAAUGAAAGAGCUGGAGCAGGAGAAAGACUCCCUGCUGGCAGGCCUGGAAGUGGUGGAGCGGGCUCGAGACUGGUACCAGGGUCAAAUCCACAAUGUCACAGAGAGACAGCGGCAGGUCGGCCAGAGCUCCCACUGCACGGAUUUCUUCACAGAAGCCAAUCAGAGUCGCAUGAAUGUUCUCAUUCCCAAACUACAAGAAGUCAACCAGUGCCUUAAUGACCUAAUUUCCUGCACAGGGAUGCAGUCAUUUCCUUCAAGCAGUGCUCAGACUGCAGUGCUCUCAGCAACUUCCCAGCCUCCAGCUCCUGCUCCUCCACAAGCCAUCCAGAGACUGAAGGACCAGAACCGACUUCUCACACAGGAGGUGACGGAGAAGAGCGAGCGCAUCGCCCAGCUGGAACAGGAGAAAUCGGCCUUGAUAAAACAGCUUUUUGAGGCUCGAGCCCGCAGCGCUCAAGACACCAGCACCAUGGAUUCCACCUUCAUCUGAAAACAGUUACACUCCACCCAACUCCAUAACAGCACCGUGUUUCUAGGAAACAUCAUGAUGUAGCAUGGACAUAUUUGCGCUGGUCUGGAGCAAACUUUUAUAAGACUGAAGCUGACUCUUUGUUUACCCAACUGACCAUUUGUGGCAGUGACGCACCUUUAGCCAUGACAAAACCCUCGACUGCAACAUGUCACCACUCCACCCCAAACCAAACCAUGCACUACCUAGAUGUGAACACUCCCCCAUGACUUAAGUUGAAAAGCUCUUUUACUUGCUGCCUUCACAUUCAUAGGCAGUCCCACCAAGCUGAAAAGACUGAAAACUCUAUCAAGAAAUGAGUCAGGUCUCGUGAGAUCCCAUCUCUCCUUGUCUUGCAGCAUCUGCAAGAUCUCCACUCCCAUUCCCAAAAGACUGUUGUUUUUCUUCUUCUGCUUGACUGCACAGGCAGCUUUAAAUACGUAAACUUUAACUUAGUGGUCCAAAAAGGAAUUGGACGAUGGGGGUGGGGGGCGGUUUCUGUUGGAAAAUAAUGCCAUAUUCUUACAGUUUAAAAUGAAAACAAAUUAGAUGCAUCUGCUUGCUGUGACCUAUCAAUUACAUUUUUGUUUAAAUCUUUUAAGUUUGGUACUUUGAUCUCAGUCAUUAUGAGAUACACUUUACCCAUGUCUUUUAGUAUUUCCUUCCUUUUAAUGUCAAUUAAUAAUAAUGUUUACCUGACAUUUGCUUUCUGGUUUUUAAUUUUAAACACUGAGAAAGAAGAAUGGCUGAGAGGAAUAGUUUUUACUGUAUUUUAUAAUAGCAUGUUAAAUGUUGAGACUUUUCAUGAAUUUUGAGAUGUUUUUUUUUUUAAGAUUGCAGCCAGACAGAGGCAGGAGGACAGUUUACAAGCUAAUGAGAUGUCAUGACAGAGACGAUGAGAGACGUUUGGACAUUUGCACGUAGAAGAGAGCUGAGGAGGACAAACAUGGUAGACGGUGAAUGUGAUGGAGUUGGGAGAUGUUCUGAUGUCAUGUCAGAAACAAACAAACAAAAAAAAAACGAACAAAAAUUAUCACUUUGGCUAUCUAGUUCUAUAUCCCUGUGUGUCUUUACAGUGGAUUCUUUGCAUGGGUCAUAUUUUCAGCUAUAAAAUAUUUAUCCUCUGAAGAGAUCUGUUUGGAAGCUAGAGAUUAAACAUUAGCACAGAUGUAAAAACCCAUUUUGUCCUUGUAAGCGUCGCCUUUUAUCAGGAUCAGCCUGGAAACUGUUGACUUUAGACUAAACUGAAAAAAAAAAAAACUUUUAGCCAUCCACAAGUUUACAAUAAAAAUAUUUAGUUAGUGGGUGGUGGUAGAAAAAAAAACAUUGUAGUUUUAUAAUGGAUCUGUACGGUACUGCUGGGAUGUCUGCACAUAACAUAGUUAUAUACUGUUGACGUCUGUUUCCCACUUAUUUGAUUGUAUGUUUCUUGCUGCUCAAACUACAUUACGUGUGAGUGAAACUCUUCCUUCUGGUUUGUAUUAAGAGCACUAAGACUUCUGCGGAUAUGUUAAAAAAAUAAAUAUGACCAAAUGGUGCUGACUGUG